AUGAGAGCCUUGUGGAUCACCUUCUGCGCUUGCUUGAUGCACUCAGAUGCAAUUCGCGAGAGUGUCGUCGGCAAUGCGACCGGCUUGGGCGAUGGAGCAGAUUGCACCUGUGGGAAGAAGCCCUUGAAGGACAACAAAUGCUGCGACCCAGGUUUGAUUUGCAGUAAGAGUGCUGGCAAGUGCAAGCCCGCAUUGAAGGGCGAAUGUGACCGCAAGUACUAUGCAGCUACAGAUGGCCAGAAGCACUGCUGUGUCCAUGGCCUACCAAUGAUGAUUGAGUAUGACAAAGCUUACCAAUACGCACCAGUGGGUGGUGACAAGACCACCUGUUGCAGUGGAGAGGUUAAGUGGUCUUCCUGGGCUGUGGACCUGAAAGGGAAGCACGAUGGAUACUACUGCAAAGGAGGUUUGUGCGACCGGAGACCGGAGACCGGACGCACCGUGCGCCCGUGCCGUGCCGCAGCCGUGGUCGGCGUGAAAGGUGGCCUUGAGGAUAUCACCCACCGAGUGCCCUUCGACGAGGUCGGCAAGAAGGCGAGCUUUGAGGAGUACAACAAGUACUUCCGAAGCAAAAGCCGUGCCGGCGUCGCCCGGCUCGACGAGUCGUUGGCGCUGUAUGUGAUGCCCGCUGGGGAGGAGGGACGGGACGUGUGA